UAAAAGAAAAAUUGAUAAGUUUGACCCAUACAAUGUAUUGUUGGCUAUUGCUACAAAUUUACCCAUGUGAUUUAUGACUGGUUUUGUGGUCCAGGGUCACAUAUUUGGAUUCUGAUCUUAUAGGCAUUGAGCUUGUUUGCAAAAACUCCACUAUUAAAAAAAUCACUCCUUUUUUUUUUUUUUUUUUUAGUAAAAAUAUCUAAACAUCCUUAAACAUAAGUUCACUUUAGAAUUAAGAAAAGGUCCACUUUUAUUAAAGGUGACACAAAAUAUGUACAUUUGGAGAUGACCACUUUUACAAAUUUUCAAAUAAACCAAAACUUUUUUGUGAUUUUAUUUAAAACAGUUGUGUAAGAUUGAAUCUAAUCCUACUACUUCAUUUCACAGCUUCAUUGAAAGCAGUUUUGGAUCAAUGUGCAAAGUUUGGGGUUGUCAGAUUUUUAAAAAUUAUAAAUAGAAAUAAUAAUGGGAUAUUAAGCCUUACUGUUUAAUAAUAAUCAGAAACAAUUUUGUAGUUAUGACUUUUAAUCUUUGCUAAUAAUGAGAAACCUCAUAAUGAUUUCUCAAAAAUAUUAUGAGACACUAACAAUAAUCACAAUUUUUCAACUGUGACAGAAACCAACUUCCACAGUGGUUGACAAACCUUGCUGAAUAAUCUGAAGUGGCUAACUAGAGGAGAGCAUUUCUUUAACAAUAUCCUGGAUGGGAGUGUGUUUGUUUGUUUGUGUGUUCUUGCAUCUCUGUGUCCGACAGUAGCGCAGCUCAUCCCGUAAAUGCCCCGCCCUGCCUCUGCACCAGGGCAGCAGACUUCUACCUGUUAGACUGCGGCAUCACUGGCCUAUCCUUGGCAACCGGUACCGCGGUAACCUGAGUCUCCUCCUCCACUUCCUCCCAGUCCGGACACCAGAACGCAUGCAGUGAGGACACAUCGCCUCAGCACUUUCGUGAGUGUGUGCGCGAGGGCGAACGAGUCUGGUGUGCGUGUGUGCAAAUGUGAAUUAUUGAUGAGGACGCAGCCUCAGAAUGUCCUGCCGGGGCCGUCCUGUGAGUGUGUGAGGUUGAAAGGGUGAGAGUGUGUGUGUGUUUGCUUGUUAGUAGAGAUGGGGGAUAAGAGUACAGUGCACCAGCAAAAACAGCCUCCUUACGAUGGACUGUGCAACUACGCCCAAAAAAUUACCUCCUGCUUCGGACUUGAUGUGUCCCAUACACAAGAAGCUCACCACCAGACGGAGAAGCCUCUGAUACGCUGUGCUAAAUGUGGAGAGGUGUGCAAGGGAGAGGUGUUACGCGUACAGGCCAAACACUUCCACAUCAAGUGCUUCACGUGCAAAGUAUGUGGCUGCGAUCUGGCUCAGGGAGGAUUCUUCAUGAAGAAUGGAGAAUAUAUGUGCACUCUUGACUACCAGCGCAUCCACGGCACCCGCUGUAACAUCUGCGGAGAUUUUGUGGAGGGGGAAGUGGUGACCGCGCUUGGAAAGACCUACCACCCAUCAUGCUUUGUGUGCACAAUCUGCAAGAGACCAUUUCCUGCUGGAGACAGAGUGACGUUCAAUGGCAAGGACUGUUUGUGUCAGUACUGUGCAGAGCCCAUGUCUCCAGGACCCACCAAAGACGUCGCCGGACCCAGCAGUUGUGCAGGCUGUGGCAGAGAUAUUAAGAAUGGUCAGGCUCUGUUGGCUCUCGAGAGUCAGUGGCAUUUGGGCUGUUUUAAAUGUAAGGCCUGUGCCAAAGUAUUGACUGGAGAAUAUAUCAGCAAAGACGGCGCCCCCUACUGUGAGCAAGAUUAUCAGGUCCUGUUUGGAGUGCAAUGUGAGGCGUGUCAGCAGUACAUCACGGGUAAAGUCCUGGAGGCAGGGGACAAGCACUACCACCCCAGCUGUGCUCGCUGUAGCAGGUGUAAUCAGAUGUUUACAGAAGGAGAGGAGAUGUUCCUGCAAGGAUCAACAGUUUGGCAUCCAAGCUGUAAACAUUCGCCAAAGGGCGAGGAGAGACAGCGGCCGACGCGCUCGUCGUCCGAGAGUAUAUGUUCCAGACCUGGUUCAAGCAUACCUAGCUCACCGGGUCACACCAUAUAUGCAAAAGUAGACAAUGAGAUCCUUGAUUACAGGGAUUUAGCAGCCAUUCCCAAGGUCAAAGCCAUUUAUGACAUUGAGCGUCCAGAUUUAAUCCACUAUGAGCCACUUUACACCACCACACUGGAUGAGUCAGAGGAGAGAGAGAGUGUGGGAGAGCUGCAGAGCUCCAGGAGAGAGUGUUCACCCAUGCCAGAUGACAGAACCAGGUCACCCACACCGACUGCUGAGGGUUACUAUGACAUGAGAGAACGAAUCCUCCACAGAUCGACGAGUCAGGGCUCCAUCGGCUCGCCCAUUUACAGCCGCCACAGUUACACACCCACCAUGUCACGCUCACCACAGCAUUUCCACAGACCCGGCACUGAGCCGUCCAGUGGUCGGAGUUCCCCAGGGUCCAGCACCCCUCCUCUCCCCCUGACCCCUAAACAUUUUCACCUGCCAGAUCAAGGAGUAAACAUCUACAGAAAACCCCCUAUCUACAAACAGCAUGAUUCAGCUGCCUUUGCAGCCCAGAGCAAGUCUGCUGAUGACAUCAUCAAAUCGGCCAAAUUCCCCUCAGCGUACGCCCCUGGUCCAGACUACCCAGCAGUGAUACAGACAGACUGCUGGUCCUUCCCGAUCUCCCAUGCUGCCCUAGGAUCAGACGGGAGGAGAAGGUCAAGAGAGGAGGAUGAGGAGGAGCUUCAGAAACGCAGACAGAUUCAGGAGGAACAUCUCAACAAGAUCCAAUCUGGUUUGGGGAAAAUGAUCCUUAAAGAGGAGAUGGAGAAAGAGAAGAUCCGAGAGCGUCAUGCACGGAGCCUGUCGGCACAACGCUAUGAGCAUGGAAGCAAUCAAAAUUCACCCUCUAAAACAGGCUCACUGCCUGGAUACGGGCGAAAUGGACUGCAUCGGCCUCAGUCGACUGAUUUCACACAGUAUAACAGUUAUGGGGACGUGUGCGGUGGGAUGAGAGAGUUUCAGCCCAUGCAUGAUGGCCACCGUACAGCCACCAGAAUGGACAGAGGAGUGUCAAUGCCUAAUAUGCUGGAACCAAAAGUAUAUCCAUAUGAAAUGCUAAAGGUAACCAGCCGCAGUCGCUCCAAACUGCCCAGAGAUGUGGACAGAACCCGACUAGAGCGCCACUUGGCUCCAGAGAUGUUCUUUGAAAUCUUUGGGAUGGAAAUUAAGGAAUUCGACAGGUUACCUCUGUGGAAACGCAAUGAACUAAAGAAGAAAGCCAAACUCUUCUAACCAGGAUAUACAUCAUCUACUCACAAAUAUUGUAUCAUACAGCUGUUUACUAAUCUUCUGUUAAAGCUAUAGCCAGAAGAAAGUUCCAUGCUGCAAUAUUAUCAUAUGAUGUCAGUUUGUAAUAAACAGAGGGUCCAAACAUUUCAGAUAUUUCUCCAAAAUUCGCAACACUUUAUUUUUUGUGUCUGUCGCUUUAAUUUUCCCUCUCCCAGAAAUGAGUCUUUCUCUUUUUGUUCUUGUUGCAUAUCUUGGCAAAUCAUGUUCAUGCAGGUCUGAUAAUCUGAACCUUUGUACAUUUACAGUUAUAAUCCAUUUAAUUCAGUGUUCCAGUAAAGACUCAUAUGUUUGCAUCACUUUUUGUUCAGGGAGGGAUUGUAGAUGCUACACUGUGUGGCUGUCUGUGUCUUUGUACCUGUACAUGUAAAUUUUGAAUGCAUUCAAAGAAACGUAAUCCAUAGUAGCACAUAUCCAUGUAUUCACCCUUUAUUACUGUACCAGCCUCCAAAACAUCUGUAAAAUUAAUGGUGAAAUGUAUAAUUUCUGUGCCAAUAGCUGCACCAAACAGAACUGAAAAAAAUAUUGACUGCUGUCAAACAAUCUAGUUAUCAUUCCCAGCUAUCAGGGAAUGUUCUCAGAACUUUGGCUAACGUUCUAGGUUCUCUCAAAGUUAUGAACAAAUGUUCUUCUGAUAAAAUUAACAGAAUUAAGUUAUCUGGUCUUUAGUAACGCUAUUAAAACAUUAGCACAAAAUUUUUUAUUUAAACAUCAUUCAUGGACCUUUUUUUUUUUGAAACAUUUUCGUUGGAUGUUAAUCUGUUUUUUAAACAUUCCUAACUACUUUUUUCAGAUGCUUCGUACUUGCAAAAUGAUUAAAAAAAAAAUAAUAAAAAAAAAACAUUUACAAAUCAGAACGUUCCGAGAGCAUUGAGAAAUAACGUUUUCAUAACAUAAUGGGAACAUUAGCAAACGUUCUUAGAACAUCUUUUCUGUUAGCUGGGUUGGUUGAACCAAAGUAGUUGGUUGUCCCAGUUAGGCUUCUCAAACCGGUAACUUUUUCAUUUGAUACCACUAGUGGUGCAGAAAUUACACACUCCACCUUUAAGCUUUCUGAAACUGUUGAAUCAAUGCUGAUGUCCCUAGUAUAUUGUAUAUUUAAAUAAUAGAAUACAAAGUUAAGGUAAAAAUGAACUGCAUUUGACUUUUUUUUUAAAGAGCUGAUACUCACACUGCCAAUUUAUUAUAUUUCAAUUGUAUUUCUACAGUAAAGGACAAUAUUUCAAUGUGCAACUCUCAGUAAAUCCAAAUGAAUUACAAGAGAAAGGGCUCUGUAUGAGCUGUAGUCUACAGCUGUUUUUUUUUUUUUUUCAUCCUCAUUAAUCAAAUCAUACGUAUUAUUGUGUAUACAUGACGAUGAGUAUACGUGACGAUUUCUUUAUGCACACAAUGAUACACUGGGCUUCCUAUGAAGCUUAUUAGCUGGACCAAAUCAAGACAUGAAUUCAGAUGAAAACAUUCUCAUUAAACACCAUGAUCAUCUACAGCAACAGGUUUGAAUAAAAGAAAAUAUACUGUG